ACAUUUGUACAUGUGCGACUGACGUCAUUAGUAGGCGCCUCCUAGAAAGACCGAUAUGGGGGUAACCUGUGUGACUCAGGUUCCUUUAGCGGAAGGGAAGAGCGUGCAGCAGACUGUGGAACUUCUUACUCGCAGGCUGGAGCAGCUGGGAGCGGAGAAGCAAGGAACAUUCCAUGUGGACUGUGAGACAUAUCACACUGCAGGGACCACCGUGGGAACCACAGGUCAACCUGGAAAGCUCCUCUACAUUAUGCACAGUUCUGAACACCCUGUCAGUACAUUUGCUUUGUUUGAGAAUGGACCCUGCCUAGUUGCAGAUCAAAACUUUGACGUACUUAUGAUUAAGUUAAAAGGAUUCUUUCAAAACGCAAAGGCUAACAAGAUGGAGACAAGGGGUUCACGCUACGAGUAUUGUGAUUUUCUUAUUAAAAUUGGUACAGUGACUAUGGGACAGAGUGGCCGAGGAAUAUCUGUGGAGGUGGAUUACUGCCCUUGUUCUGUGCCAGGUGACUGCUGGAACCUCUUGGUGGAAUUUAUGCAGAGUUUCAUGGGCAGUCAUGCUCCAUCUGGUCCCCCGGUUCUUAGUGCCAAACACGAUGCACUUUACACACCUGCAGACACUAUGAUGCAGUACAUGGAGCUGCUGAACAAAAUCCGCAAGCAACAGCAGGGUACAGUUGCUGGCAUGAGACUAUGACAGGGUUGCAACCAUAUGUUUUCUUUGCUGGAAAGUGGCCAGAGCUGCUGUUACUUUAUGCUCUUCACUGUCCUUGGAUGUGUGCUAACACAACAACCGGUGUUCCCUUAAAAGUUGGUAAGGACUUAAACUAUAGACUUAGGAACACCAGAUAGGAUCGCUGGUUGAAUUUGCUAAAAUAAAGCAAUGCAUUUGAAGAAAUGUCAGCGGCUCAGGACCUCAUUACCACUUAGUU